AUGGAAAAUCAGAACACCACAGUCACUUUUUUUGUCCUUUUGGGAUUUUCGUACAUUUAUCCAGUCAAUAUUUUCCUUUUCUUGGCAUUUUUCCUGAUGUAUGCUUUGACUUUAUUGGGAAAUGUUAUGAUUAUGGUAGUAACAAAUUAUCUCCCCAGCCCCAUGUAUUUUUUUCUAGCUCAUCUGGCUUUUCUUGACAUGUGUUUAUCUUCUGUUAUUGUGCCCAAGCUGCUGGUGAUUUUCUGGGCAAAAAAGAAUAUUUCAUAUUCUGACUGCUUUAUUCAGAUAUUCAUUGUCUUUCUUACAGGAGGCACUGAAGAUUGUGUCCUUGCUGCAAUGGCUUAUGACCGAUAUGCUGCCAUUUGCAAGCCCCUCCAUUAUAUACAAAUUAUGAAUAAAUCAUUUUGUAAGUGCCUGGUGGGUGGAGCAUGGGCAGUUGGCUUCUUAUGUACUUUUGUAAAUGUAUUACCUAUUUUGAAGCUAGAUUUCUGUGGACCAAAUUUUAUCAAGGAUUUCAGCUGUGAAUUUCCAUCUGUACUUGCAUUAUCCUGCACAGAAACAUCCUCCAUUUGGAUGGCAUUUCUGAUAUCAGGUAGUUUUGUUGCAAGUUUUUCAUUGAUUAUCAUCCUAGUCUCCUACAUCCAUAUCAUCUCAACUAUCCUCAAGAUGAAUUCAGAAGAAGCAAAAAGGAAAACUUUCUCUACCUGUAGUUCUCACCUUAUUGUUGUGGUUUUGUAUUAUGGCACUGCCUGCUUUAGAAACAUGAGGCCCAGCUCAGCCUCCUCAAUUAUUGUGGAUGAAUUCUUUUCUAUUCAAUACAAGAUUUCAACACCUAUGCUGAACCCCUUUAUCUACAGCCUGAAAAAUAGAGAAGUGAAGGAAAUAAUAAAAAAACUAAUGGGCUAUAAACCGUUGAUUCCUUCUUCUUUGUAA